AUAAGAUCUUUUAGUCCUACUUUUUACUGUGAUAAAAUGGUGUAUGAGAACGAAAACAAAUGAAACCAAAUUGCCAUUUGCUAUCCUAUCCAAGUAUUGCACGAAGUGCUGUGUACAGUUUUAAAAAGUGAAUAGUUUUCUUAUUGUGUAUAAGUGUAAAGUGAAAUAUUUUCAUGGAAUAGUUUUUUGGUUAAUUAUAUCAUAAAGAUAUAGGUUUCAGUGGGAAGUAAGAAUAAAAACAAACCGCAUUGUUAAACUGUUUAUCACCAUUGACGGAUGUCCUUGUAGAUUUUGCAAGAAGUGAAGUGGCGGUAAAUUUGACUUUUCAAAUGAAUAAGUACUUUAUAAUGUAGUUUUAGUUGUGAUUAAUAAACGUAAUGGGUAGCCCGGAAGAAAAUGUGAUUGCUUGUGAAAGCAACGUGGUUGAUAAUGCUGAUAAUGAAACAGCUGGUGAUGUUUCUGAAAGCGAAGUUUGUGAGUCGACAGAAUCAUCCUUAAAUAUUAGUGAGUCGAAUCCACUCCAUGAUGCAAACGCAUCCAAAGAUGGAGAUGCGUCAAGUGUGGGUAAUUCGAAAAAGACCAAAAAGAAAUUCCGCCAUGGAAAAAAGGGCCAUACGCCAGCCAAAGAUAAUCCUGAGAGAAGUAUUGUGCGUCGCGUUAACUACAUUGGCACAAAAUUUAAGCAAGGAAGGAAAAGAGCACAAAGUUUUCCUUCAAUUUCCAAAUUCUUUUUGCCUCACAAGAGACCUCGCAAAGAAGUUUUCAUCCCUCCUACCAAAUUUUUGUUAGGUGGUAAUAUUUCUGAUCCACUGAAUUUAAAUAGUCUACAAGAUGAAGACAUUAAUAGAGCUAUGAAUGCAGUUACUCCAGAAUCUUCACCUUUGCCUACACCUCCCCGUCAUAAGGCCAAAAUUGAUGUUAUCAUCCCUCCAAACAUAAGGGAUCCUUUGAACUUAAUGGAGCCCUUAGAUAAUGCAGAAUAUGAAAAGAGACUGGAAAUGCAGCAGAGGAAGCCUCGCAAGAAGGCUAGACUAAGGCGGCGCACAACAGAUAACACUUCUCCAACAUCAGAGGAAGUUCCUGAUGAUGUUGUUGAAGGCAUAAAAGAGCCACCACCACCUGAGCCAUCAACUUCCACAUGUAAAUCACGCAAGAGGUCUUGUAGUGAUAGUGAUAAUGCUUCCUUAAAAGGAAAGGACCCUAAAAAGUUACGUAGGAUGGAUUCACUGGACAAAAUAGUGAGCCCUGUAGUGCCUCAGCCUGGUGCUUGGAUGCGAGCAAGACCGCAACAGCGCGCGGCGCCACCUGAGCGCCCAGCCUCACCCCAUCGCACAAAACUCAAGAGUAAGACUGAUGAAGAUCAAAAGUUGCCAACAUUUCAUCUUAAAAACUCAAGAUACCAGUAUGGCAAUUAUGACAGGUAUUAUGGGUACCGGAACUUAAAUGCAAUGAUGGACAUCCGGCUUCAAGUCUUUGAAAUGCACAGGCAUCUGUUCCAGAACAAAGAUGUUUUGGACAUCGGCUGCAAUGUUGGCCAUAUUUCUGUAGCAGUGGCGCGCACACUUGGAGCUCGUUCAGUUGUUGGAAUGGAUAUUGACCCUGUGCUGAUAGGUCGUGCUAGAAAAAAUCUGCGAUCGUUUAUCCCAGUUCCUGCUGAACCAAAGAGGGAUGAUGACAAAAAGGCAGAUUUAGACGACGAUAAGAAAGGAGACUGCGAUAAGUGUAAGGAGGAUAAAUGUGAUGACUGCAAUGUUGAUCAGAAGUUGGAUAAGAGUGAGGACUUGAAGAAAGCUCUGCCGCUCACGGGUAGGAAGCUGCGGAGGCCUCGAAAGAACAGGAAGGCGGUGCAUAAGCAGGAACAGGGCCAGUGCUUCUUCCCAAUGUCGAUGUCCAUGUUGUAUGGACCUCUAGGGGAUUCUACUGCAGAAGUUGUACCACCUGCCUUCCCAUACAAUGUUACUUUUAGACAGGGCAAUUACGUGCCUCGUGAAGAAGUGGCUGUCGGCAGCGGAGCGGAGAGUCCCCAGUUCGACCUGAUCCUGUGCCUCUCCACCACGAAGUGGAUGCAUUUGAACUGGGGCGACGCGGGCCUCAAGCGUGCCUUCCGGCGAAUGUUUGCCGACCUGCGUCCCGGCGGGAAACUGGUGCUAGAAGCUCAGAACUGGGCUAGCUAUAAGAAAAAGAAGCGUUUAACGCCUACAAUAUAUGAAAACUUCAACUCGAUUGAACUGUUCCCGAAUAAAUUCCGUGAGUACUUAUUGUCACCCGAAGUGGGAUUCAGCAAGUGUUGCAUCCUAGGCGUGCCGCAACACGCGAGCAAGGGCUUCCGACGGCCCAUACAGCUGUACGUGAAGGGGGACUUCACGCCCAGCAAGGCGCGCUGGUCGGACGCGUACGCGCCGUCGUCCCACCACCGGCCCGAGGCCUCGCCGCCGCGCCGCACCGUGUACGCGCCCGCCGCGCCCGCCUACCGGCCCAGCGACGACGCGCCCUCCUGCGGCGCCGCCACGCCCUACUCGCCCAACCUGGACUGCUGCGCCGACGACUCGCCCUUCUACAACCCGCGCAGCGACUCGUACGCGCCGUCCUACCAGCCGCCGCGGCCCACGGUGUACGCCACGCUGCCGUCGCCGCGCGGCUCGGCCUCGCCGGCCGCGUCCCCGGCGGCGUCGCCCGCGUCCCCCGCGCCGCUGGCCCCGCUGGCCCCGCUGGCCCCACUGGCCCCGCUGGCCCCGCUGGCGCCGCUCGCGCCGCCGGACCCGCAGUCUGCGCGCGGCUUCCCCGAGCCGCGACUCGACGAUUAG